AUGGUUGUCAUCGGAGAUCAAUUCGUCGGAAAAAAUGAAAAUGUCGAUGGAUUUGCCAUCGGUAAACGUAAUACUGACGGUUUUGCUGAUGUUAAAUGGGCAGAUGCUGUUUUCAUAAAUCUGGGAUUUAUUUUGGUUAAAUCGUCUUACAACAAAACCAGAGAUGGUCGGCCGUAUCGAUAUUUGAGAUGUGAUCGGGGACGAAAGAGUAUGCCGAGAGAUUUUGAGAACACAAUUCAAAAGGACGCAAAAACCAAAGCUAAUGGUUGUCCUUUCUACAUCAAGAUAUAUUAUGAGUUCAUCACAGACAGUUGGAAGAUCCGGGUAAAAAAUGAUGCAACUGGGACCCAUAACCAUCCAAUGAUUGUGUAUAAGGAGGGUCAUCGUAAAAUUAGUGGCUUGAGCCCGGAUGCAAAGAAGGUUGUGCGUGAAAUGACAAAGUCUAAGGUUGCACCGCGUAACAUCAUGGCAACUAUUGCAGAGCAAUUUCCUGAUGAUCAGCCAAACAUCUGA